CUCAAUGCUUGUUCCGGGAUCAGACGGUCCCUCCCCGUCACUUACCGUCCAGCUCUGCUCUUUGUCCAGGUUCAUAUCAAGUCCCAGCGGCUUCCUCCGGAGCGGACACCGAGCUGUUGCUGCCUGUCGAGCCGCACUGGGACCAGAUUCUCUGGAUUGAUUCCUGCUGGUCUGUGACCGACCGUUUCCCUGCAGGAUUUCACUGCGAUCAUGUCUAAGAAGGGAGCAAACCGAGGGCCGGAGAUGGAGGGGCCGGUGGACGGGUCCAUCAUCCGGAUCCCACCUCACCACUACAUCCACGUCCUGGACCAGAACACCAACAUCGCCCGAGUGGAGAUCGGACCGCUGACCUACAUCCGGCAGGACAACGAGAGGGUGCUCUUCUCGCCGGUGCGAAUGAUCAUGGUGCCUCCUCGUCACUACUGUGUAGUCGCCAACCCGGUUGCCCGCGACGACAACGCCGAAGUCCUCUUCGACCAAUCGGGGCAGGCGAAGCUCCGCCAUGCCGACCUGGAGAUCCGGCUGACCCAGGACCCGUUUCCUCUUUACCCCGGAGAAGAGAUCCAGCAGGACGUAACGGCGCUGCAGAUCGUCUAUCCGGACACGGCGCUGCGUCUUCAGGCUCUGCUGGACUUUGAGGAGGACGGAGGACAGAAGAGGGUGGCUGGAGACGAGUGGCUGUUUGAGGGUCCAGGGACCUACAUCCCCCGUAAGGAGGUGGUGGUGCUGGAGACCAUCAAGGCCACGGUGAUCCGGGAGAACCAGGCCAUCCGGCUGAGGGCUCGCAAGGAGGGUCAAGACCGACAAGGAGUCCGCCGGGUGACGGGAAUGGCCUGGUCAGUAAGGUGGGAGCCUUACCUGCCAGGUGGCCACGAAGAAGUCAUCGACAUCGUCAACGCCUUCAUCCUGACCGACAAGAAAGCGCUGCAUGUUCGCGCCCUGCGGCCCUUCAAGGACGCCGGCGGACGCGACCGGCGUACGGGGGAGGAGUGGCUGGUCACCAUGGCCGACCGCGAGGCGCACAUCCCGUCAGUGUCCGAGGAGGUGGUGGGCGUGGUGGACGUGACCACGCUCAGCAGCCGGCAGUACUGCGUCAUCCUGGACCCGGUCGGACCUGACGGGAAGCCUCAGCUGGGCCAGAAGAGGGUGGUGAAGGGCGAGCGCUCGUUUUUCCUGCAGCCUGGCGAGCUUCUUGAACACGGCAUCCAGGACGUCUACAUUCUGUCGGAGGAGGAGGGGUUGGUGCUGCGAGCUGUCGAGGCGUUCAAUGACACCCAGGAGGAGGAAGAGGAGGACGAGGAGACCCAGCAGGAGGAGAGGGCCAAGCGCUCCCGGAGGAGCGGCAUCCUGCGUCGCCCCGGAGACCGCUGGAUGCUGCGAGGUCCCAUCGAGUACGUUCCCCCGGCGGCGGUGGAGGUGGUGCUGAGGCGGCAGGCCAUCCCGCUGGACGAGAACGAGGGCAUCUACGUCCGGGACAUCAAGACCGGAAAGGUGCGAGCAGUGAUCGGUCACACCUACAUGCUGACUCAGGACGAGGAGUUGUGGCAGAAGGAGCUUCCUGCGAAGGUCGAGGCCUUGUUGACGUCUCGCAUCGACCCGCUGGCCGACCGCUCAGACCGAAGGAUCCCGGUGGAGCCCGAACUGAGGGACAAGACCAAGGUGGUGUCCUACAGGGUUCCCCACAAUGCCGCCGUCCAGGUGUACGACUACCGCGAGAAGAAAGCCAGGGUGGUGUUCGGACCAGAGAUGGUGAUGCUGGGACCCGAUGAGCAGUUCACCGUGCUGUCGCUGUCUGGAGACAAACCCAAGAGAGCCAACGUCAUCAAGGCCGUCUGCCUCCUGCUGGGACCCGACUUCUUCACUGACAUCAUCACCAUCGAGACAGCCGACCACGCCAGACUGAAACUGCAGCUCUCGUACAACUGGCAUUUUGAGGUGAAGUCUCGGACCGAUCCUGCCGAUGCUGCAGCUCUGUUCUCGGUUCCAGACUUCGUGGGCGACGCCUGUAAAGCCAUCGCUUCGAGGAUCCGAGGAGCCGUCGCCUCCGUGCAGUUUGACGAUUUCCACAAGAACUCGAACCGGAUCAUCUGCUCGGCGGUGUUCGGCUUCGACGAGAAGCUGGUGAUGCGUCCGAGUCUUCGCUUCGGCCAGAACAACCUGGUGAUCAGCAGCGUGGACAUCCAGUCGGUGGAGCCGGUGGACCAGAGGACUCGGGACGCUCUGCAGAAGAGCGUCCAGCUGGCCAUCGAGAUCACCACCAACUCCCAGGAGGCGGCCGCUCGACACGAAGCUGAGCGUCUGGAGCAGGAGGCCCGGGGAAAACUGGAGAGGCAGAGGAUCACCGACCAGGCCGAAGCCGAGAGAGCCAGGAAGGAGCUGCUGGAGCUGGAGGCCCUCAGUGCUGCCGUUGAAAGCACCGGAGCUGCGAAGGCCGAGGCUCAGUCUCGGGCCGAAGCGGCUCGAAUUCAAGGGGAAGCUGCAGUUAAUGAGGCCAAACUGAAGACGGAAGCUCAGAGGAUCGAGGCGGAGGCGGAGCUUCAGCGGCUGAUGAAGGCUCGUGAGCAGGAGCUGAACUACAAGAAGGAGAUGGACCGGCUGGAGGUGGAGAAGCAGGAGAAGCUGGCUCAGAUCGAGAGCCACAAAUUCAGUCAACUGAUGGAGAGUCUGGGCAGCGAAACGCUGAAGGAGAUUGCCAGAGCCGGACCAGAGCUGCAGGUGAAGAUGCUUCAGGCUCUCGGUCUGAAGUCGACUCUCAUCACUGACGGCUCGUCGCCCAUCAACCUGUUCACCACCGCUAACGGCCUGCUGGGGGCGCUGCCGGGUCAGGGCCAGUGAGCAGCAUCGAGGAGAAACAUCCAGAAGUAAACCUCCACUCGUUUCUCUGACUUUAAAAGCAUCAACGUUCAUGCACAAACUCUGAAUGUAGACUAAGUAACUGAAAGAAUCCUGCAUGAAUCAUCUGUUCAUUCACUUAUUUCAGCGUGGAACUAAAAGCAGGUUUAGUCUUUUUUAUAACCGUUAAAAAGGAAAUGAUGUUUUUACUGAACAGUUAGUGUCUGAUCCUGUUUUGUUUUCUUUGCAGGUGAAUAAAAAGCAAAAAUCCACAAGUAAAACCCCUUUUUAGGUCACUUUCAUCUUUGAUUUUGACAUUUUCCGGUCAUUUUUUUCAUUCUUAGGAUCAACUGAAAUACCUGAAUGAACACUAAUGAUAUUUCUGAUGAAACGAGUUCCAGAGGUUUACUUUUGGAUCUCUGAAGAAUUCUUGUGCCUCUAACCGAUAAUGCUGUUUCCCUCCAAAGAUUUCUGUCUCUGCUUUGCACUAAAACGUGAAACAAAAAGGCGAAAGUUGUGUUUACAUUUGAAAGCUUUUCCUGUGUCUGUGGUAAUGAAGUCUAAACGGGAGUCUGACUGUUCCUACAUGAAGAACUGACAUCCUUUGAAGUGCUGCUGCUGUUCUUUUCACACUGGCAUCUCUUUCAAGCAAUAUUAAAAACCUGACAUAAUUCUA